AAAAGACAAGCACAGGCAAGAUUUUUCACGAAUCAAUACACCGCUUCAGUUACCUAGAGACAAAAUCUUAAAGACUUGAAGAUGAUAACCACCAAUGUACAGAUUCAAAUACUGAUCUGUCUGUAUCUCAUAAUAAGUCAGACAGUGGCCUUUAUGCCUUUUUGGACAAAAUCUAAAAAGCAUCAGGAUAUAACUCAUGAUGCAAUUCUACAAACAACAGCUGAUGUUUGCAAACUGCAAGCACUCCAGCAAGGACGAGAUAUUGUUCUGCCUGUCUCACUGACAGUAGAGUCAGUGGCAGAAGUUUGUUCCUCAUCUAAUUUAGCCAAGCAAUUUCAAAGGAACAUUGAUAAGAUAAAUAAGCACAAUGCUUGGAUUGACUAUCGUCAUCCUUUUACUGGAAGUUACCAUUUUGACGAUGAGGAGUUUUUGUCUGGACGGAAUCUUAUUACUGAAGGAGUUUCUGUUGUCAAAUACAGUGUCAAGCAGCAAAGAUAUGAAACUGCCAGAGAGACACUUGGUAAAAUAUUACACACUUUGCAGGAUUUCUACAGUCAUAGUAACUGGGUUGAACUAGGAAAUAGAGAACCUUAUUCCAACCUGAUUAAACCAGACACCCCGAUCAGUAACAUAGCAGAUUCAGAUACAUGCAGACAAUGUACAAACAGCACCUGCACAGCAAACAUACUGGAAGAGGUCAUUGAAAAGCGGAAACUAACAUCAGGAUACUUUGGCUUGUUCAAACCAAAAGGAAAGUGCAGUCAUGGGGGAUUAUUUGAUCCAUCAAGUUGGUUUGAAGGUGGCAUAAAUAAGGAUACUGACAGCUCUAGCCAUGGUUAUCUACAUGAUGUGGCAGCAUCAGUAGCAACUGCUGCUACCAGAGAACUAUUGGAAGAUAUUAGAGCAGCAGUUGGAGAUUCUGAAUUUCUUAGACUAAUGGGAUUCAGUCAGACUUCAGUACUGUGUUUUGUUAUUGAUACCACUGGUAGCAUGUCUGAUGACAUUGAUGAGGUCAGGAGAGUUACUUCAUCCAUUAUUGACAGUAAAACACGCACAGCAGCUCAACCUUCAGAAUACAUCCUUGUGGAAUUUAAUGACCCUGAUUAUGGCCCGCUAACAAGAACAACUGAUCCCAAUUUGUUUAAAGAACAACUCAAUGCACUUAUAGCUCACGAUGGAGGAGAUGAACCUGAAAUGUGUCUCUCAGGACUCAGGCUUGCCCUCACUGGAUCUCCACCACAGACUGAAAUUUUUGUUUUUACUGAUGCUGAUGCAAAAGAUAUAUGGUUGACAAGCACUGUGAAAGCACUGAUUGAGAAAACAAAGUCUGUUGUGACCUUUAUGCUAACUAAUGGCUUUAGUUUUCGACGUCACAGAAGAAGUAUCACAUCUGUACAUCGCCAAAAGCGAGCAUCCACUGGGUUUUUCACUCAGCUAAACCAGGUCUACCAUGACCUGGCUCAAGCCUCUGGAGGUCAGGCUAUUGAAGUCACCAAAGGAACUCUAGACCAGGCCACUAGCAUUAUUGCAGAUAUCUCCAGCUCUACUCUGGUCACUCUAUUUCAGGCUGUAAGGAACCCAACAGAAACUGAAAACUUUUCAGUCUUUGUGGAUUCUUCUGUGCAAAACCUGACAAUUUACAUCACAGGCAACUCUCCAGAUUACACCAUCAUUAGUCCCUCAGGAUUCUCACAGAACAGCACUGUACUGAAUGGGACACUGGGGCGUAUUCGUAAAGUUGGUAACUUCCAUACAGUGCAACCAAAUAUUGCAGAUCAGACUGGACUGUGGCUCUUCAAUAUUAGUUCAACACAACCCUACACCAUCAAAGUUGUUGGUCAAAGUGCUGUUGACUUCCUAUUCGACUUUGUAGAAUUUUCCCAUGGGCUUCAUCCAAGCUAUUCUGUAUUAAACAGACGGCCUGCAAACACCAAUGUCAGCCUGUUGGUGUCCAUGGUAGGUGGGGAUAUUGUGAGGCCUACAGAAGUGUUUCUGGUUGAAGCAUCAAAUUCAAUAUUCAACACUUUUGGGUCACUGGAAGAGGUAGCUAGUGGCCAGUACUUAGUGACCUUCAACAGCAUCCCGGCAGGAGCAUUUACUGUUCGUGUGGUUGGACAGAACAGUCUCUCUAGAUCUUCAGAUAACAUCUUUCAGAGACAGUCACCAACUCAAUUUCAAACAUCAACUGUGACUAUAACUACUCAAGAAGUUGGAACAAUGGAACCAGGAACAAUAUUCACUCUCCCCUUUACAGUUGCAACUAAUAGCUCUGGAGGAAGCUUUAAUAUUAGAGUUAGCAAUGAUCGCAAUUUUAAAACUCAGUUUAACACAUCCAUAACUCUUAAGAGUGGAGUCAGUGUGAAUGAUACAGUAACUCUGACUGUACCUGGAAACACUCCCUCUGGAACUGAUGUCACUGUGACAAUUGAAGCUGAAGCAGUUGAUGGAAGUGACUCCAACUACGCUGUGCUACGUAUUGCUGUCAUUGCACCGAUAACAGAUUUUACGCCUCCUGUGUGUGAGGCUGUUAAUGCAUAUGCUAACUGCUCAGGCAACUGCAGCCUCUCCUCAUGGUACCUCACUGCCAAUGUGACUGAUGGAAAUGGAUCAAGUGUUCCGACUGUGAGAAUCCUUCAGGGAAAUGGCAACCUCACCACCACUACUGUGCUCAGUGACACAGGUGUGAAUGUCACUAUGGUCAUCUACAAUGCCUCUUGUUGUUUUGUAGAUCUGGAACUGGUUGCUGUGGAUGAAGUUGGAAAUGUUGCCACAUGCUUUAAAUCUGUAAGAGCUACAGAACCAAUCACCAGCACUGUACCCCCUGCAACCAACACCACCAACAUCACUACAAAUACUGCUACAGCAUCCACAGCUCGUCCCAGCAACCAAGCCAGCAUUAAUAGUGCUGAAUGUUUGUUUUUGCCAGUCUUCCUUUGGAUAAAUGUAGGAGCAUCUGUUUACCAAUUCAUGCAUCUCUAAGAAAUUUAGAGAAAAUAUCUAAAGAUUUUGCAGUUAUACCUGUUUGAAAAUGGUUUGCUUUAUUAUUGUCUUAUUAUAUAUCAGUGUGUAACAGGGAGGACAUCUUACUUGCUUUAUUCACAAUAUAUAUUUCAAGAAGUCUAAACUUUGGGCUCAUUAUUCUUUGAUUCAGGGAUCUUUUACCAUUAAUUGUCAGUACACACACAUACAAACACACUAUUUGUACUAAUCAUGUUAAAGAAACAGUUUUUGCCUACAAUUUAAAAUCUGUGGGAUUGAGCUACAGAACCACAGUAAUUACAGGCUUAUUGCUAUUACAUGCAUACAGUGUUAAUGUUUGGUAUCGUUCUGGUAGAGCUUUCAUCUUUCUUGCUUGCAUUUGAAUAAUUCUAUCUUAAGUGCAAAUUUAAGUGCAUUUUAUUUUGAAAUAGCCUGAAUUGCAUUUUAGAACUGCAUGUACUGGUAAAUAAUGAGGGAGUUUUCUUUAACUGGUAUAAGGUGAUUUGAUGUAUUGCAUAGAACAUUCAUUAUUUCCCCCCCAAAUAAUUAAA